AAGUUACUUUUAUUGAUGAUUUAUUUUUUAUAUAAAUAAAUUAAUUUUGCAUAUUUUAGUGUUAUAAGCGGAUUCUUCCAAAACGGGCAGCAUACAAAUGCACAGCUUGUAAGCAUCUGUGUCACCUAAAGUGUGCUGCAGAGCCAAGCACCGUUUCCCUCCCCACCCCUAGAAGGCAGACACUCAGAAACGCUGCCCCCUCAAUUGCCAGGAUAGCACUGGAUGCCCCUCCCCCUGCCUCUCCCACUUCUGCAAGUUCUGGCACAAGGAAGCGAAAGGCAAACCUUGUUGAAGGAAAGACUAUGGACUUUGAGGCGUUUGUUUCACAAAGUGAUUUUACAGCUCUGCAAUCAUGUAAAUUUACAAGAAAGACGUCACAGAAGAAGCGCCGAGCCCCAUUCCAGCGUUUGGAGGUGAAUAACAGUAGCAACUCUGGCAGCCAGAUUGAGUUUAUUGAGCAAGCUGGAGGCUUUACUGCUGGGGAUAUACCAUUUGAUGCUUCUGUUGACACGCCUGCAGAAACAAGUAGACUGAAUGAAACCCCACGCACUCCAUGUCAAGCCAAGCAACGCCUUACAAGCAUGAAGGAAAGCUUUGUGAAAAGAUGUCGGUCCAUUAAAAAGAAAGUGACCAACAUAAGGGAUAAGUCUUCUUCCAACAGCCAACAAUCAAUGGAGGAACAGCACGAGAUGAGUCACACCACAACAACCACAACUAGCAGCUCGGAGCAGGCAGCUGUAGACAGGGAGGCAUGGGUACGAAGCCCUGUGCGCACGAGAGCUCAAGCCCGACAACUGGAAUUGAGAAGGGAGUCACUGAGAGCCAAGAUCAACGCCCACAGGGUUAGGGCCAGGGAGCCCGUGGGGAGUAGAGAACAGUUUAAACAGAGUAAAAUGAGCAAAGACAAGGACCAUGACUCCCACAGUCUUGAGGAUAUCUCAGACCGACUGGAUCUGGUGGAACAACGUGUGUGUGAACUGGAGACGGCCAUACCACAUGAGCUGGCUGAAUGGAAAAAUCUUGGAAUGAAAUUUCGCUAUGACUAUAAUGAGACCAAAGAGAGGUCAGAAGAAACUCAUCCCAAGCAGUUGGAAGCUGAGGGUCAGGUGACAUCUACCAGUUCUAGGACAACCUCAGACGAUGUCUAUGUUGUUCCUGAAUACCCAAGCAUCAUAAGCCAAGACCAGGACAUCACUGGUCACAUGGUACACGAAAAUGAUCACAUGGAACAUGAAAAUGAUCACAUGGUACACGAAAAUGGUCACAUGGUACACAAAAUCAAGCCUGAGAUGUACAGCCCUGCUACCAGUCUCAAUGAGGAUUCUUUACCAUCCGGAAUACCCAACAGGCUCCUUCUCAAUGUUCAGAACAAUAGCAUGGCCUACACUGCCCAUCAAACAAGUACCCCGGUCACAGCAAGGGAAAUCUCAUUUAGAUCAGCUUCAAAGCAGUAUGAUAGAACCAAUCAGAUUCUCCACACAAACAUCACCACCAUCAGCGUAGACCAUUCAUUCUCAGAUAAACAUCCUUCUGAGCCAGUUUUGACCAAAACAGAGGCUUUUCCUGAUAGCUACAGUGCAGUAAGGGAUAGAAAAAGUAACUAUGAGUUUUUGGAUACUGUUGAUGGCCGAGAGGCUCUCUAUUAUCAGAAGAAGUAUGAUAAAUCCCCUUUGAAUGAAUAUAGGAAUGCUUCGAAUGAGCCUAAAGGUGAAUCAGAAGAAAAGGUUCUCUCACCGGAGCAAAUAGCUGUAAAAAGAUUCCUCCAAAGGAGAUCUUCUGCACAACACAGUGUUAGCUUUCAGGAUGAGAAUGAUGGAUCACUUAGAAGAGAAAAUAGAAAAAGGAGUAACUCCAGAAGUCCACAAAGAUCACUUACCCAAUCACCAAGUCCGAAAUGUUAUUCGCCAACAAGAAAGCAAACUUCGAGCUUCACAAGAUCACCACCAAUGGCAUCGUCAACUUUUAGAGAAGAUAAUGGUCAUACAAAUACAAGUGCCAUGCAGUCCCCUGUCUCAUUUACAUUUCGACAUGACCCGGAGGAUUCAAAAAAUAACACCUUUGCCAAAAUUGAGCUUGAUGAGUCUGGUUUAGUUGGUAGAAGACAUGGAACAAGUAGAGAUAGGUCAUCAGGUUCUGAUCUUUCUACAACAUUUGUGACAAGGAAUGAUAGUCAGAUGGUCUACACAAAUAAUAGUGAAGAUUUGCCUGGGUAUGUUAGGCACCGUUCAUUUCCUGCUAGUCAGAUGCAUGAUGAGAGAGCGAAUAUUGAUAGUAGUGAAAAUGAAGCGGAUAUGGGAAAUAAGAUGGUCGUUGAAGCAGAUAUUGAAAUUGAUGCUCCAAGAGAAAGGGUAAGGCUCCCUAUGGGAGAAAGGUCUGGUGCAACUUCAGUUACCUAUACUGAUGAUGGUCUGUCCCUUACUACUGUGACAGAGUUUACAGGGGAUUAUAUAAAUAGUUUUGCUGAAAGCUCAGACCACAGUAACAGAAGUAGAUGGACGAACAAAGAUGUGUUCAUGUUUCAGCGGGAGCGAAUGAAACCGCAGUUGAAAUCAGUGUAUGAACGUUCACGUGAAAACAUUGAUGAAACAGGGGAUGGUAAAAAACCACCUCUUCCGACAAGAAAGUCAACAGAUUCAGAUGAUACAAACAAUCAAAUUAAUUUUUUGAAAGAAGCUGAAAGGAGGUUAGCUGUCUUCAACAAUAGAAAAAGCGGGGAGGAUGCAACAGCUGGAGUUUGUCUGGAGAAGUUACCCAGAGAACAUAUUGGUGCUAGCUAUUAUCUUGAAACUGGGGAAAUCCAAGAACAUUUUAAAGAGACAGCCAUUUACCCACACGCUUCUCCAAAGUUGCAGUGUAGUCCACAGAAUCAGAGGUCUCCCAAAUCAGUGAGUGUGGAUAAGGUUCCUAAGAGGCUUUCUCCAACUGACUUUUUACCAAGUGAAACUGAUGAGAACCCUGAUCAUUGUUAUGGUGUUAUUAAAAAAUCUCCUUCACUGAAGAGAAGUCCUAAUAAACAAUCUCCCAGCCUUGAGAAAAGACAGUCACCUAGUUCAAAGCAUAGUAGUCCAAAGAAGAGUCCAAAUAGACUUUCAGGUAGUCAGAUUUCUAUUGCACGACAUGCAGAUUCAACUCGUGAGUUUGAAUUUUUGGAGAGACAGCUUCAUGAUGAUUCCUUGAUUAAAAAGAGUGGAAUUAGCCUUUCAAUGAGCCAUUUGCCAGAGCCGAAAGGACAUCCACAUUUGGGAAUACAGAGGCAGAAAUCAAUCAGUUGCACAAACAGUGUAGAUGGUGACACUAGGUCUAUUAUAAGUGAAAGUGCCCGGUACCAUUUCUUGCAUGAUAAAGGCAUGAUAAAGAUUAGCUCACCAAGCUUAAAGCUCAUGAAUGGAAGUCCUGCUAGUCAAAGGAAACACAGUCCUCAAUGUGCAAAUAUCGAUGAAGAAUCGGACAUUGUUGAAAGUGGGAGUGAAAGUGGUAUGAGUGGAGUUUAUGUUAACAAUAGGUUUAGCAUUCCAAGUUUGAAUGGUGGAAAAACCUCAUCAGAAAUUGAUUCAAAACAUACAAGAAGUGAACAGGCCCAUAGUGAGAUGACUGUGACAGUUUCUGAGAGUCAAAGUCAUGCAACAGAGAGUGAAAUAAAUGGUCAUGAAAAUCAAGAACUCGAGAACAGUCACUUGGAGGAGUUUCUUAAAAUAGCUGAUGAACAGAAUGGUAACUGGGACAAUGUCCUUGGAUGGAUGAAUAGCAGAUAUCAUGGAGACAAUGAUGAAGAGUAUGAACAAGAACUAGAUGAACUGGUCGAACAACAUCGAGCAGAACUUGAACUGGUUGAACAACAUAGAGCUGAACAUGAGCUGGUUGAACAAGAAAGACCAGAACUUGAAAUGAUCCAACUACAUAGAGCUGAACUUGACCUGGUCGAUCAGCAUAGGUCUGAACUUCAAUGGGUGCAAGAAAGCAAAAUGGCUGCAUGCCAUCAAAAUGGUUCUCAGUCAAAUUUGUAUAGUCCUGAUGAGGAUUCUGUGUAUUACAGUUUUCUCGGGCAGUCAGAUGAACUGAAAAAUGCUUUAUCCCCUAUGAAUGGUAGUAAAGUAUAUUUGAAUAAUGGUGUGAGAAACAAAGCAUAUUCAGAUGAAAAAGUAAGUGCUAGCCUCAUGUACACAAUCAUGAAUGGGAAUGUACGGGAUGUGGCUAGACUACUGAAUUCGGACAAAACCAUCAGUGAAGGAGAAAUCAAAGAGGCUACAGUGUGGGCUGUGCAAAAUCAAAUCUUUGAUAUAACCUUGCUUCUUUUAGAGGACAUUUGCAAACUUAUUAGAGCAACUGAAGAGGAUGAUUUAAUUGAAGUCUAUCCGGCAUAUCUUGAAAACAGGAGGUGGGAACCGGUAUUUGUGAUUCUUACAAAAGAGAAAUUAAGCGGAAAGUGGGAUUCGUUUAUGGGAUUUCCAGUAUAUCGCAGGCGCUUUGAUUCGCUGAGUGACGAAGCUACCCAAGUUAUGAACAACAGCUUUGUUCAGAAUUAUUCAUUGACAGCUGAGGAGUUGAAAACUGUCAAAAAUGCUGUUACUGCUGCCGACUUGAAAAAUAAACAUAGUAAAAUAACCAUCAUUAAUGCAUGCCCCUGCAGGUCUGUAAGAAAAAGGAAGAAGUUGGAAAAGGGUCUGUGUAUUGCUAUUCACUGCCAGAUUAAAGGAUUUAUACCAUUUGAUGAAGAACCAUUUCCAAAAGAAAUUAACAGAAUUCCAGUGGACGUUCGAGAGGGUUAUUGUGCUCAGGGUGUCACAAAACCAAAUGGUUUAAUAGACUUACAGCAGCAGCUGUGGGAUCUUGGCAUUUAUACAAGCGAUGAAACAGAGACAUCUGAUGGGCAGAGGUCAACAAGGUCACGGUCAACAUCCCAGAGUUCAAGGUCAAGUGAGUGCAAAUCUGGGAGUGAUACUGGUGACCUUGAUCUUUCAAGGUCAGGGAAGGGGUCAGCAAUGUCAGUAAGUGUGGCAACACUGCAUUCUGACAUGAACAACAAUGAAAAAGACCAAACUACAGUAAAGACAAUUGCAGGAGAUAAGGUUAAUGAAGUCAUCCCAUUCCAUGGGGAGAUUAAUAUCUUACCUGAAGUUCCGAGUGCACCAGUGAGUAACGGGGGAAGCUAUUCACUGAAAAGACUGACAGAAAUGAUGACUGAUGAAGUCAUGCAGAAGGAAUAAAUACAGGAUAUCAUGAGCAGCGAAUGGACACAGCGUAUUCAUUCUUCAUUAGACAUAUCGAAGACGUUUCAGUUAGGAUCUGUUUACUAAAAUAAAACAGCAAAACAAUAGUUUUUAAUAACAUUAAUUUCAUAUAAGCCGUCAUUAACCUCAGAUCAUGGUCAACACUAGGGGUGUCACAUGAUGCCAAGAGUGUACCAGUGUAAACUGCAAUUCAAAGUAACGUACACAAUAAACUGCUUCGUUAAAAUAAUAUAUAAAGUAGGACUAACACUUUAGCACGUUUAUUAAAAUGCAGACCUCUGAAAGAAUCAUUUCAGUUAUUGAGUAGAAACAUGGCUAGAAACAACAAUAAGUAAACAUUGAAACAAUGAAAUGUAGAAACGGAAAUGAAUCUGUAUUGCAAAUUUACAGACAGCAAUAGGCCUUCCAAGAAGGGGAAAUUUUGCUAAUUUACUUGGAAGGGGAAAGUUACUGCCAAAUAUUUUUCGAUUUUAUACCAUGUGAUAUAUUUUUGGCUCAUACCGUGACACCCUACUCAACACUGAAUCUUGAAACAAGCAUUUUGGUGAUAUUUCUGGAACAAUUAGUUUUUUGAUGUCCAAGCAUAUGAUGGAUGUUGUGGAAUGUAUAUUUGUACAAAUGUUAAUUUAUUUCAUGUUUUUGUUGAAGUCGAUAUUUUUUAUUGUUAACAGAUAAUAUAUAUAUAUAUUUAAUAUUAAUCAUUGUUAUCACAUCUCAGAAAAAAAAGCUCAAAAUGAUUUAUUCUGUUAAACUUGAAAGUGUAAUUGAUACCAAAUUAUUAAGACAAUUUUAUCAACAACUUAAGGUUGAGAAUGGUGUUCACCUCUCAAUCCAGAGGUGGUGGGUUUGAUUGACAGUGGUCCAGUUGAAUUUGCCUCUCAAGGGGUUGUUGGAUUGAUCCAAAACAGGUCGAGGGUGGUCAAGUGGUAUAAAAGAGGUUGUGGGUAUGACCCCAACAAAAGGUACCUUCUCAUGGCCUCUCUUAAUGGACAGUACUGGUUUUAACUCAGGAAAUGGACACAAGUGUGAUUCUAUAAGCUGUCAGCUUAAGUCACAAUCGUGAUUCUAUAGGCUGUCAGCUGAAGUCACAAUUGCGAUUCUAAAAGCUGUCAGCUUAAGUCACAAUCGUGAUUCUAUAAGCUGUCAGCUUA